AUGUUAGCCAGAUCGGCCAAAGAUCAAGUGAAAGGAGAUGAUGGCGGUGCAGGUGACGAGGAGAGUGGUCGUGGUCGUAUGAGGGCGCCGAGCGGAACGCGAAUGAGAGACCUCGGCAAAGCGGUGCGCGCGGUCGCUGAGCGUCGAGAGAGCGUGGCCGGCGCGGAGCGCGGCGACGCGACCGGCGCCGCGUCAUCGUAUCGAUCGCAGAGGGCGAUAGGCGAGCAGGCCAGGCGAAUGGAAAACUACGAUCGUGUAUACGCGAAACAUCAUAAAGUUCUCCGGAAAAGCGCUAAUGGAAACGAGAAACGCCGAAUUCAUCGUCAGAAGCUCGUCUGA